AUGAAGUAUAUAUCUAGAGCUGAAGUACUGUUGACGAUAAGCCUUUUGCACUCGUCACGGUUUGUGCUUUGUCAUUCCAUAACUGAAAAUGUUGGUCCGGGUUACCACUGUAUGAACGUCACGAAGGCCUUCCAUCAACCUGUGGUAUCUGAUGCUACAGACCUGGAUCCUCACGAGCACUGUGUGCCCUGCUAUUUUCCCCAGAAUUGUCUGGACAAUAACACGUGCGCCAAGGGAACUUACGGUGUCACCUGUGAGAAAUGUGACCAUAGGGAUUCAAAAACAGAAUAUCAUCGAGUUGGGAACCACUGUGUGGCUUGUCUGUCUGGACCAUGGUCAGUUUUAACUUUUGGAGUGUUUGUCCUUCUCCUAUUUCUCGUCUCAUUGGUCAACGGGUUUACUGUGUCUGUUUUUACAAAGAUAAAGAUCGUGGUGAAUUUCUGCCAACUCCUGCUGCUGACAUUUAUGUUGAAGAUCACGUGGCCUGCUCUGAUCCCAGUGGCAAUGUCCUUGUUAACCUUUGCCUUCUCCAAUGCCGACUUCUUAGCGAUAAAUUGUCUGUUCCCGAAACUCUCAACAAAACUGUCAUAUUAUUUCACCUGGAUGUCGUCAUUUCUGCCUCCACUUAUCAGCAUUGUCUUAAUGGCGUUUGUGGACAAAAGUAUGGGACUCUGGCUGUCCCAGGAGAAAGACCGGAAACGGAAAGAGCGCAAAUGGAGACGCCGUUCGAUGUUACGAAGGGUUGCUUUUUAUUUAUUAGUCGCAACAUACCUUCCCGUGACGGUGUUCGCCGCCCAGAGUAUAAGCUGUUCCGACUCCGCCUAUACGGUGUUUGUAAUGGAUACUUCUAAAAACGUUUUUCUCCACGACCAGAGCUUGGACUGUAACACGUUUGAAAUGUCGACGCUCCAGUUCUUUGCUAUAAUUUCGAUGCUCUACUCUGUGGCUUUUCCUCUGGCCGUCAUUCUGUUUUCACUGGUACAGCGGAAGUGGUCCCUCCUAGAGAAUGAGCGCCUCCGACACGGGUUUGUAUAUGAAUCCUACAAGUCACGAUACUGUUUUUGGGAAGCCAUUCCCAUGUUCCGUAAAAUCUUCUGCAUCGCAAUGACAGAAACGAACGUUUUAAGCGUAUCUGUACAAGUUGUGAUUCAGAUGGUUAUGACUGGGGUCUACCUUUUAAGUCUCCUCGCCUUACGACCUUACAGCGAAUGUCGUUGGGAGAAAGAUGGUAUGAAUGUCAAUCUCUUCCUCGACGUGACGGCAAACCUUGUGGUUGGUAUUAUGCAGACUAUUGCCUUGCUGAAACACAAAGACAUGUACGUGCCGGAAGUGACGUAUGCAUUCCUGGCUGGUGUGGUAAUGGUCCUAGUGCUUGCGGUCGGUCUACUUCUUUUUAUACCCAAAGAGUUGAAGGUACCUGAGGCGAUACCUAUCCCAGGUGACACGAGUGACCAGGAGGAGGCGGGUCAGUCUGCAGGACAACACAGGUUCAAAAACAAAGUCGGGCCAGAACCCUCUACAGAAAAACACAUUGAACAGGCUAAACAAAAUCUGGAGUUUUAG